GAGUUGUCUACUCAGCUAGUUUCAAUAGAGGGAUUUGAUCGUACGACUUGUGUCACCACUUGUUAGUGUCUUAGUUUAACUAUAGAGUUGUUGUGUUUAUAUAUCAUCUUUAUGUCUGUGUAGGCUGAUGCUUGUGUAGGAUGUCUUCAGUGAAUUUCACGGGGAAGAAUGUGGAGGAGUUUACCAUCACUGGCUUCGACCACCUCUCUCACCAGAAGCUCCUGGGCUUCCUCAUCUUCAUCACCUAUUUCCUUGUGCUUCUGGGAAGCAGCACCAACAUCUGCAUCAUUUUGACGGACAGACGGCUGCACACGCCCAUGUACCUCCUCAUCUGUAACCUGGCCGUGGUGGACAUCAUGUUCACGUCCAGCACCAGCACCACCAUGAUCUCUGUCCUGCUGGCCGAGGUCAAAACCAUCUCUUACUACUCCUGCAUAUCAAGCAUGUACAUCUACCACCUGGGUGACAUCGAAGAGUGUCUGGCCCUGUCCCUGAUGGCUUUGGACCGAACCAUCGCUAUCAGCACUCCUCUUAGGUACCACAGCAUACUGACUAACCCAAGGCUCUUCCUGUUGAUCACAGCUACCUGGCUGAUAGGGUUAGGGGUCAUGGGGGUAGUAGCAGCUCAGGCAGACAGCCUUCCAUACUGCCAGCCCAUCAUUAGAUAUAUGUUCUGUGACUAUCCUGCUAUGGUCAGAGCUGCCUGUGUCAACCCUGAACCCUAUUGGAUGCUUCCCACCAUCCUGGGUCUGUGGUUGGUUGGUGCACAGCUCACAUUCAUUCUGCUGUCAUACGUGAAUCUGAUCUACACAGUACUGAGACUGCCAAACAGUGAGAGCAGAGUGAAGGUGUUUAAUACUUGUAUUUGUCACAUCAUUGUGGUGUCCUGUUACUACGCUCCCAAGUUAGUCUCUGUGUUGUUGACGAGGAUAGGGGUGAGACUGAAUCUGACGGAGCGUAAUGCUUUACUGAUUAUAGCUACGCUGUUACCCUCUCUGAUCAACCCAGUAGUCUACUGUCUGAAGACCAAGGAGAUUAGAAAGAGAUUGGUUCAGAUACUGUCUAGGAAAAGAACGUCAGUGAUGAAAUGAGGUAGUGAAAAGUAUUAUUUUGUGACUUCAAAUCAGUGUGUUUAAAGGUUUUAAAGAUAAUUUCCAAUUCAGCUCACAUCAGCAGCAUUUACUUUGCCUUUAAGAGUUGCUUUGUCUUCAAGAAAGAUCAGAUUGAAUUUCUGUUGAAUAACCACAAUCCAAGGUUUAAAUAUUUCCAGCUUCUUCUGUCAGCACGUUACAUUACACCUGAAAAUAUCUAAAUGGUUUGAUUUUAUUACACUGAAUAUUCAACGUACUUUUUUUUAUUGUUGUUGCAAUGUUGAGAGUUAAACAUGCAAGUUAGAAUUUCAAUGUACGUUAUAGUAUGUAGUGUUAUAGUGUACAUAAUGUUUGUCCUGUGAAA